AUGUAUGGGGAACUUGCUCGGCUAGGAAAUGCUAAUCAUUUAUUCAUCAUUGAUAUACUCAUUUUGCUUGCCAAUAUACUCCACAAGUAUUCCAUUAAGUCCACAUAUGCAACUUUUAUGAUCGCGCUUCAUCAUAUGAGGUCAUCAAGUGCUCGUAGACUCUUGAUCGGCCACAUUCGAGGGUCAAGAGUGAAUUCGGAUUCAGACUCAAUAGGGUUGACAUUAGCCAAAGAGGAUCUGCUGGGCAGAAAAAUUAGACAUCAGCAUUUGCUCAAGAAUGCCAACAGAUUUGACGAGGAAAGCUCUAAAUUCAUUCUGGCAUUUCUGUUGGAUGUCAGCCCGAAUUUAGCUGUGAGAUAUUUCAACAACAGGUAUGUUUUUGGCCCAGAGCCAUCCAAACUGAAUAGCUCGACCGUUGAAGUCUUUGUGGAUUUUUUGGUUCCAAGAAAGAGAUACAAGGAACUCUUCAAUGUCUUCUUUUUCAUUGAAAGACAUCUAGGACUUAGCAUGAACUACUUUCUAUUACAUACACUUUCGGGAAUGAUAAUGGAAUGGUCUUCGUUUCCUGGCCAGCUUAUCACAGAACCCUUAUUACUUUAUUACCACUAUCUCCGGAACAAACGAGGAUUCAAAAUUCCGAAAGCACUUGUUGCUAGGGUAAACGAGAGGUUGAAAUUGGACGGAGGAUAUGAUAAAACUCGUGCUUCUAAUCUUAUCAGGAUUGUUGCUCAAUCGAACUCUUCCCGUUUGACAAUAUAG